AUGUCUGCCACGUACGGAGAAAUCAUCUCAGAACCCGGGUUCUUUCGAACCGCCUACGCCAUGGUGGUACUUGCUUCAACCUUCGCUCUCGCACGCAUUAGCGUACAGGUGUGGAUGCGCAGAGUUAUGGAGUUGCAGGACUAUCUCCUAUAUGCUGCUUUUAUCUUCUUUCUUGCAAUGUCAAUAUGCUACCUCACCGUUAUCUCUAAGGUCUACGCAAUCUCAAAGUACCAGAUAGGAUUACUUCCAGCUUGGCCAACUAUAGAGGCCGACAUCCUUGCCUACGUUCGGACGAUUUUUGUUACAACAACGUUGUUCUGGUUGGCACUAUGGUCGGUCAAGCUAUCUCUAUUAGCACUAUACAAAAAGCUACUAGAUGGCCUACCGAGCGUGUGGAAAAACCUCUGGUGGGCAGUGUUUGCGUUUUGCAUAAUUUCUCUUAUCGGCUGUAUCAUCUCCUAUUUUACUUCCUGCCCGGAUUUUACCGCCCUGAUGAUGAAAGGGCAAUGCUCUGGUCCUCGAAGCGUCCGUGGCCAGCUUGCGAGUCUAUACAUGUCCUACGCGGUCGAUAUCUUGUCAGACUUCAUGAGUACGUAUCAUGUUUCUCCCAAUUCGACUAGUUUGGAACCUUCAAAGGCACGCGCGCAGAAAAUAGCUGUUAUCGCGCUCUUCGCAUCAGGCUUCGUAUGCAUUGGUUUCGCCACUCUGCGCGUCGUGCAGAUCGGCAUCAAAACUGGAAACAGCGCGUCGCCCAGUCCAACUUGGCUCGCUAUCUGGACAUUCGUUGAGUCGGCUAUAGCUGUCUGCAUCGGUUGCUGUCCUGCAUUCGCUGUCUUCUACCGAAAUACACACACGCCUCACGUCUCAUAUGACACAAGCGGGUACGUUCGACACAACCAGAGUCGGUCUGGAGCAGAAUCGAACUACCCAGACGCGAUCAAGAUGAAUGUUGUUGCUAUUAGCAGUGGCAGAAAAAAAGUUCCUAGACGCGACGUAUACUGGGACGACACGCGGAGCAGCCAGGAAGAGCUUGCUGUGGGCAACAAGAACAUCAUGGUCACGACAACACUGCAGCAAGAAAAUCGUCACUCCAGUUUGAGAUAA